CAACAUUUCCGACCGACGGUCACCAUGGGCCACACGCACUCGAGCUUUGAGCACCGCCCGUCCAACCACCCGACGCCGUCGUCGAUCGUGUUUACAACAUCCGAUGGAUCGGUCGGCCUCACGCACGAAUUUGUCCACCACUACGUUCGGUACAUGCCGUUCGAGAUCAAGCAGCCCGUGCUCACGCGGCGCCACGUCCGCCUGAUCGAAGCCAACUGGACACUCAUCUUGAGCGGCAUGUCGUCGUCGUUUGACGAGUUUCGCCAUGGCAACCCAGACAAGUUUUUCCAUCGGACGUACUACAGCCUCCUCUUUGCCGUGAUGCCGUCGUGCCGCACGAUUUUCCGAUCGAGCAUGCACUUGCAGGGAAAAACGCUGUUUUCCAUCCUCCGCGCCAUGACAAGCAUCUUGCGCAGCCACGACCUGAUCGAGCGCAUGCAAGCGCUGGCGGAGCGCCACCUCGCCUACGGUUGCGAGCGCGGCGACUACACGACGGUCGGUGUGACGCUCUUGAAGACGCUCGAGAUCGUGAGUGGGGACCAGUGGAAUUUCGACGUCAAGGAGGCCUACUUGACCGCGUAUUGCUUGAUCUUGUACUUGAUGCUCCCUGUCAUUGUGCGAAACCCGCCAGCCCACGUUGCCGAGAGCCUCGUUGUCACGAUCACAGCGGUCGUGCACGGUCAGGACAACCACACGUCGCUUCAUCCUCACACGUACGCCGACAGCCACUCGGCCUUGCCCAGCCAGCGGCGCCGCGCGAACCACGGGAUGCGACGACUCACGUUGACGCAUUCGUUUCCGCUGCGGUUCUUUCCAGGUGACGGCGUCAUCCUCGGCGUGCCGGUUGUCGCUUCGAACGACGACACCAGCGACAACCACUUUAGCAACGGCUCCAUCGUCAAGCAAUACUUUCCCAUUGCUUCGUACCGGGCCAGCGCAUCCAACACACUUGAUAUUUACGUGGACGAGACGACAAGUGCCCAUCAUGCAUGGUUCAACCACAAGGACGCGUCCACGGUCGGGUGCUCGUCGCUGCGGCUCUUCUGGGUCGAAUCCGACCACCACUUUGAAGUAGACGACGUGCCCAAGCUUCCGACUCAAGUGUUGUUUGUUAGCUACGGCGUCGGCAUCGCGCCAUUCAUCGCGAUGGUCGAGGCCAUCCACAGCGUGCGGCAAAAGUACAACGGCCACGUUGUUUUCAUCCACUGCGCAGAUACGCUCGAGGACGCUGAGGCCGACUUGUCGCUGGCUACCAGUCUGGUCGACGUCCGCCAGUGGCGUCAGUGCUCGAUCCAAUGCGGCACCCCUCAAGCCAUGCUCCCACUCGUGUCGAUGGUGCCAAACCCGAUCGCACGACACCUUUACGUAUGCGGUCCUCCGACGUUUGUCGACUCGGCCACCGACGCGUUUACCAAGGCUGGCGGUCUCGACUUCAACGUGCACGUGAGUUUCUACGACAACUUUGGGAACCACGGUAAAACCCCCCAACACCCCUGCAAUGGACGAGAUGGACCCACAGGAGUGUGGAAUCUUCGGCGGGGCACAUCCUUGGCACGUGCCCCCAACGUGCCGUAAGCCACAUGCUCGCGACGAAAGCGGGGGUCAUGGCCGAGUUCGUUGACCAGGGCUUCUUGCGUCCACCUUUGUAAUUUAUAUCGAGACGGUCAGCUUUAUGCACUGACGGAUG